AAAAAAAAAAAGAGAAAGAAGAAGAAGAAGAAGAAGAAGAAGAAGAAGAAGAAACAGAAUUCUGCUUUGCGACGGACGUGAACGAGGCCCUCCGCGCUACUCUCUCUCUCUCUCUCCUCGUCUCUAUCCUUCAUUAUAUUUCCAGCUCCACUAUAAACCUUUGCCAGCCUCAGAUGGCUCGAAUUCUUCUGAUAUUUGAAAGCAUCGGUGGUCGUAUCAGGUCUUACCCCACCAAGAGGAUGGCAUUGUUGAGGAGAUUAAACCAUUUACACACACAAUCCAGAUCAAACCUAAUCAUUCGCCCACCUAAUAAUCGUGCCAAACUUUCUAGCAUCGAGACGACUCUAAAAACACUUCGACUCCGCAACUCUCCAGGAGAUGUCAGUACCUACUGCAAGCUUCUAGAUACUUGCAUUCGCUCCAAAUCAUGGGUGGAAGUCAAGAAGAUCCAUCACCACAUUCUUAACAACAGUGCUCACAUCACAAACCCAUCUCUUCUUGAGAGGAUUGCUCUUGCGUAUAUAUCUUGCAACGAAAUCGAGCAAGCGCGCGUUAUCUUUGAUCAAAUUCCGCAGCCUAGCGUUUUUCUCUGGAAUGCCAUGAUCAGGGCUUACUCUUGGAAAGGUCCAUUUGAUCGAGCCAUCGAUCUUUACCACCGUAUGGUGGAUUGUGGCAUCAAACCGAACAAAUUUACGUUCCCCUUUGUUCUCAAGGCAUGUUCGGGUCUUGCAGCACUAGAGGAAGGCAUUCAGAUUCAUAACCAUGGGAGAAGGGUCGGCUUAGAUUCUGAUCUAUUUGUGGGUACUGCUUUGGUUGACAUGUACAUGAAAUGUGGGUGCCUGGAUGAUGCACAUGAAGUGUUCAACAGAAUGCCCAAAAGAGAUGUCGUUGCAUGGAACGCAAUGGUCACUGGCUAUGCUCUUCAUGGAAUGUAUGAGGAGAUGGUUGGUUUUGUCUUAGAAAUGCAAAAAAUGGGUACAAGUCCGAACUCUUCUACCUUGGUAGCAAUUCUUCCUGUGGUUGGACAAGUGCAGUCACUGAAACAAGGGAAAAGCAUUCAUGGGUUCUGCGUAAGGAGGUGCUUUCAUGAGGAAGAUGUUCUGGUAGGUACUGCUUUAUUGGAUAUGUAUGCAAAAUGUGAAUACUUGAACUAUGCUUGGAGAAUAUUUGAUAGCAUGACUGUCAGAAAUGAGGUGACUUGGAGUGCAAUGAUUGGAGGGUAUGUACUGUGUGAUAGGGUGAUAGAGGCCCUGUGGGUAUUUGAUCAGAUGAUGCUUGAGGGAUCUACUAAUGUGUCACCUUCCUCUUUCGCUUGUAUUCUUCGAGCAUGUGCCAGUUUCUCUGAUUCAAGUAAGGGGACAAGGGUACACUGUUAUGUGGCUAAAUUUGGUUAUCUUUCAGACAUCAGUGUUUCAAAUUCUCUUCUCUCCAUGUAUGCUAAGGUUGGAAGUCUUGAUGAUGCUUUGAGGUUUUUCAAUGAGAUGGAUCCAAAAGAUACUGUCUCUUAUAGUGCAAUUAUAUCAGGAUGUGUACAAAAUGGGAAUGCUAAGGAAGCACUUAAUAUAUUCAGAAAUAUGCAAUUAUCUAGUAUAGAGCCAGAUGCUGCAACGAUGGUGGGAGUUCUUCCAGCUUGUUCCCAUUUAGCUGCUCUUCAGCAUGGAAAAUGUGCUCAUGGCUAUGUCACAGUUUAUGGGCUUGCAUCAGAGAUUUCAAUAUGUAAUGCUCUGAUCGACGUGUAUGCAAAGUGUGGGAGAAUCGACCUUGCUAGGGAAGUUUUUGAUAGGAUGUCAAAACAGGACAUAGUGUCAUGGAAUACACUGAUUACAGGUUAUGGAAUCCAUGGGUUGGGUAAUGAAGCUAUCUUAUUGUUUUAUACCAUGGUAGCCGAUGGUUUACUGCCUGAUGACAUCACAUUUAUAUGCCUUAUAUCUGCUUGCAGUCAUUCAGGAUUAGUUACUGAAGGAAAACACUGGUUUCAUGCUAUGAGUCAGAUCUAUGGUAUUAACCCAAGGAUGGAACACUACAUCUGUAUGGUUGAUCUUUUGGGUCGUGGUGGUUUUUUGGAUGAAGCCAAUGAUUUGAUCCAAAAGAUGCCAUUUGAACCAGAUGUUCGUGUGUGGGGUGCCUUGCUUGGGGCAUGCCGAGUUCAUGAGAACAUUGAACUGGGUGAAAAAGUGUCAAAAGUGAUACAUAAGCUGGGGCCUGAGGGUACUGGUAACUUUGUUCUGUUGUCUAACAUAUACAGCGCUGCUGGGAGAUUUGAUGAAGCUGCACAAGUUAGAAACCUGCAGAGGGACAAGGGUUUUAAGAAAACUCCAGGAUGCAGUUGGGUUGAGAUUAAAGGCACUGUCCAUGCUUUUAUUGGUGGGGAUCAAUCACAUCCACAGUCAUCAAGUAUACACCAAAAGUUGGAGGAUUUGUUGGUGCAGAUCAAGAAAUUGGGUUACCAGGCCGAUACAAGUUUUGUAUUGCAAGAUAUAGAACAAGAGGACAAGGAGCAUGCUCUUCUAUACCAUAGUGAGAAGCUGGCAAUAGCAUUUGCAGUUCUCAAUCUGAGGUCUAAUGAGCCCAUAUUUGUUACUAAAAAUUUGCGUGUCUGUGGUGAUUGCCACACUGCCAUAAAGUAUAUCACAUUGGUCACAAAAAGAGCUAUCACUAUACGGGACGCUAAUAGGUUUCAUCACUUCAAGGAUGGACUGUGCAACUGUGGAGAUUUUUGGUGAGUGUUGAGACAUGGAACCAGAUCUGGUGUAUGAAAACAAAUCUAGCAGAUGAAUUCUCAUUGGCCACUUCAGUCACCUGACUUUCUGUACAAUAACACAAGAAGAAAGGUAAUGUGUACCUUUUCUGCAUCUCUAACAUAGCUUCCAAAGCUUAAACUGCAAGCAUUCAGAUCAAUCAGAACAAGCAGGAAGUUGGGAGAUGAUCACACAGGGUGGUGGAUAAAAAGUUAGGCUGCUGUUGCACAUUCUUCUAGUGUUGUGGGUCCAACAUGCAGUGGAACUCCAAAGAGAGAGAAGGUUGAGAAAGUCCUACAAAAAGGCUUCCUGGAGGACGUCACCUUGAGUUUGUUAAGUCAAUGCAGGAGACAGCUGCUCUGUGCGUACACAAAAAGGGGAAAUACUCUUCAUAGAAUCAGAAGCUGCCAGUUUGCCACCAGGAGUGAAUCAGCUAAACUGAAACCAAUGAAGUAAGAAUUAUUGCCUUAUAAUGAGAAAUAACACCAAUUUCUCUUUCAUCUUCUUUGUUAUUUACAUUCUUUCUUGAGCUCUUAGUUAUAUUACGGUAAUUCUAUAUAAGUAUGUGCAUUUGCUGAAUCAUAGGUACACAAUACACAAACCUUAGAUAUGUUCCAAAUCAGUAUACUUAUUUCUUUUGUAUGUGUUUACUACUACCAUAUAUCAUGAGGGUUGCAGAAUUUCACAUCCAAGCUUUACAUUGUUUUUUGGUAUUCUUGAAGAUUCAGGGUAUCAAGUUUUCUUUCUAAAUUUUGUCAUUAGCUAUCAUUGUAAAUUGUCAUAUUAAUAUAGAAGAUGCAUAGAAACAAUGCAUUCUUCAUAGUUUAAAGUGUCUCUUUUUU